UGCACCGUUGCCUAUGAACAACUAACUCUCACCUUCACAUUAUAUUUAUUUUCCACCAUUGCUAUGUUUUCAACAUCUAAUUAAGAACACCACCACCCAUAUCAUACAUAUAUACCUUGCAACUUUCUCUUAAAGAAACUCAAACCCUUGGCCUUAUCAUAUUGUGUGAGGGACACCCCAGGUUGAUAAUUAAGGAGCUUGAGAUGGAAAUGGGCAAUGAAAAUGGUUUCCAACUGAGUGUGAAGCUGAGUGAACCAGCUUUGGUUCCUCCUGCUGAAGAAACAAAGAAGGGUUUGUAUUUCCUAUCAAACCUUGACCAGAACAUUGCAGUGAUCGUGAGAACUGUUUAUUGCUUCAAGAGGGGCGAGAGAGGGAAUGAGAAGGCUGGGGAAGUGAUCAAGAAUGCUUUGAAGAAGGUUCUUGUCCAUUAUUACCCUCUUGCUGGGAGGCUCACCAUAAGCUCAGAGGGUAAACUCAUAGUGGAUUGCACAGGGGAGGGUGCCUUGUUUGUGGAGGCUGAAGCAAACUGUUCAAUGGAGGAGAUUGGUGACAUCACAAAGCCAGACCCUAGGACUCUUGGUAAGCUGGUUUAUGACAUUCCUGGAGCAAAGCACAUUCUUCAGAUGCCUCCUUUGGUUGCUCAGGUGACCAAGUUCAAAUGUGGAGGCUUUGCUCUUGGUCUGUGCAUGAAUCACUGCAUGUUUGAUGGCAUUGGUGCCAUGGAGUUUGUGAACUCUUGGGGAGAACUAGCCAGAGACAUGCCACUCUCAACCCCUCCAGUGCUAGACAGAAGCAUCCUCAAGGCAAGAAACCCCCCAAAGAUAGAGCACCUGCAUCAAGAGUUUGCUGACAUUGAAGACAAGUCCAACACCAUCAACUUAUAUGAAGAUGAGAUGGUGUACAGGUCCUUCUGCUUUGACCCUGAGAGACUAAAGAACCUUAAGAUGAAAGCCAUGGAAGAUGAAACCCUGGACACAUGCACCACAUUUGAAGUCCUCUCAGCAUUUGUGUGGAUAGCAAGAACAAAGGCACUGAAGAUGCUGCCAGAGCAAGAAACAAAGCUUCUCUUUGCUGUGGAUGGAAGGGCCAAGUUUGAGCCUCCUCUUCCAAGAGGGUACUGUGGCAAUGGCAUUGUGCUAACAAAUUCUGUGUGCCAUGCUGGUGAGUUAACAGAAAAGCCUCUCUCAUAUGCUGUGAGCCUCAUUCAAGAGGCAAUCAAGAUGGUCACAGAUAGUUACAUGAGAUCAGCUAUAGAUUACUUUGAGGUGACAAGAGCAAGGCCUUCUCUUGCUUGCACACUUUUGAUCACAACUUGGUCUAGGCUCUCCUUUCACACCACUGACUUUGGAUGGGGACAGCCUGUGCUGUCAGGGCCAGUGUCACUGCCAGAAAAGGAAGUCAUCUUGUUCCUUUCUCAUGGCCAAGAGAGGAGAAACAUCAAUGUGCUUCUUGGUUUGCCAGCUCCUGUCAUGAAGAUUUUCCAGGAUUUGAUGCAGAUUUAGAUAGGCUCAUAAUAAAUGUGAUUCUGUUAUUUUUCUAAGCUUAUUAUUAUUAUAAUGUUGUUUCAUGAAAGAAAAGACAGUACUUAUUCUGUUUAUGAAUUUGUUGGUGCUAAUCAAUAAUUCAAACCUUA